AGUCUAAAAUGUCUUCAAUGGCACCUAAAACCAUUUUCUUUAUCCUCAUGAUAAUCUUCAUAUCAGCAGAACUUAUAUCAGCUCAAGAUGAAUGUCAAACUGAAGAAUCGGGUGAUUGCGUUAACAAAUCUCGUGCACAACCACUUAAGAUAAUUGCUAUAGUUUCCAUAUUAGUUACUAGCAUGAUUGGUGUGGGUGCACCACUUUUCGUAAAGUAUAUUCCUGCAUUACAUCCAGAUCGUGAUCUAUUUGUAAUCGUGAAAGCAUUUGCAGCAGGGAUUAUUCUUGCAACCGGGUUUAUGCACGUAUUGCCCGAUUCAUUCAAUAUGUUGUCGUCGACUUGUUUGUCAGAUAACCCAUGGCAUAAAUUUCCAUUUACUGGAUUUGUAGCGAUGCUUUCUGCUAUUGUUACACUAAUGGUGGACUCAAUGGCUACUAGUUUCUAUACUACUGCGAACAAUAAGAAGAUGAUCCAACCGACGCCAGAAGGUGAUCAUGAACUGGGCAAUACAGCCGAAGGAGGUGGUGGUUCGCAUUUCCAUUCUCACGGCCAUCAUCAUGGUGGUGCACUCAGUAACACCAAAGGGGCACCCAUUGGAGCUCAAUUACUUCGAUACCGGGUCGUUGCGAUGGUAUUGGAACUGGGUAUUGUUGUGCACUCGAUUGUAAUUGGCCUUGGAGUAGGAGCCUCAAACAAUACAUGCACCAUAAAACCUCUUGUUGCUGCACUUUGUUUCCAUCAAAUGUUUGAAGGGAUGGGGCUUGGUGGCUGCAUUAUGCAGGCAGAAUACAAACCGUUAAAGAAAUUUUUAAUGGUGUUUUUCUUUUCGAUCACGACGCCUGCUGGGAUAGCAGUAGGGAUGGGGUUAUCAAAGACAUACAAAGAGAACAGUCCUACGGCACUAAUCACUGUCGGAUUACUAAAUGCAUCAUCAGCUGGUCUCUUAAUUUACAUGGCAUUGGUUGAUCUUCUUGCUGCUGAUUUCAUGGGUCCAAAACUGCAAGGAAGUAUUAAGCUUCAGAUCAAGUCGUAUAUCGCUGUUCUUUUGGGUGCUGGUGGUAUGUCUGUCAUGGCCAAAUGGGCUUAAAAAUUGAGACAUACUCGAGCAUGUAUUAUACCGGCCAUGAUUGUCAACUGUCGGUAUAUGUGUGACCAUGCGUCCUUUCAGCAUCACC